AUGUCAACACAAACUUUCGAAACCCAAGGUGUCCGCGUCGCCGUCGAAGGCUGUGGCCACGGCACGCUAAAUGCCAUCUACGCCGCCGUUGCCAAGUCAUGCGAGGCGCGCGGCUGGGACGGCGUUGACGUGCUCAUCAUCGGCGGCGACUUCCAGGCCGUUCGAAACGCCGCCGACCUCACCGUCAUGUCGGUCCCUGCCAAGUACCGCGAGAUGGGCGACUUUUGGGAGUACUACGCCGGCGCGCGCACGGCACCUUACCUAACGCUGUUCGCGGCGGCAACCACGAAGCGGCGUCGCACCUUUGGGAGCUCUACUACGGGGCUGGCCGCGCCCAACAUCUACUACCUCGGUGCCGCCAAUGGGCAUCACGAGAGGUUGCCGUUUGGCGUGGAUGACGUCAAGAGUUUUUACCACGUCCGCGAGGUUGACGUGCGGAAGCUGCUGCUUGUCAGGGAGCAGGUCGAUGUCGGCAUCAGCCAUGACUGGCCGCGGGCCAUUGAGAAGUGGGGAGACGAGAAGGCGCUCUGGAGGAUGAAGCCCGACUUUGAGGCCGAGUCGAGAGACGGCACGCUAGGCAACGUUGCUGCCGAGUAUGUGCUUGACAGACUGAGGCCACCGUACUGGUUCUCGGCGCAUCUGCAUUGCAAGUUCUCGGCGCUGAAGCGGUUCGAUCUGGGGGACGCUGGUGCCGAGACAAAGGAUGGUGGCAUCAAAUCUGAGACGCAAGCGCAACGAACAGCAUCUGUUGCUGCUGCUCCGACUAUAGUAGCAGAGGCAAAUCCAGAGGAGAUCGACCUCAACGACGACGAUGAUGUCGCUGUUCCCACUGCAGCUGCGAGCACUACAGCAAACCCAAACGAGAUCAGCCUCGACGAUGACGACGACGACGACGACGACGAACCUGCCCCUGCGGCACCAACUAUCAAACCUGAAGACAAGCCAAAGCCCGUCAGCCACGUCUCAGCCGACCUUCGAGCCCAGCUUCCUGCCUCUUUUGCCGCACCAAAACCCCAGCCCAAGACGACACCCGGCCAGCCUGUGCCCGCAACAAUCACGAACAAGCAAGUCCGCUUCCUCGCACUCGACAAGUGCCUCCCUCGCCGCCACUUCCUCCAGCUCCUCGACAUUCAUCCCCAUGACGGCAGCCUCGUCGCGCCGCCGUCCACGCCGCCCCAACACCCCGGUCGCUUCCCGCUGCAGUACGACCCCGAGUGGCUGGCCAUCACGCGCGCCCUCCACGGCGAGCUCACAAUCGGCGACCGCGCAGCCCACGCGGCGCGCGACCGCGGCGAGGCGCACUACGCACCCCUCAUCGACGAGGCGCGCGCCUGGGUCGGCGAGCAUGUCGCGGCCCUCGACGUCCCGGCCAACUUUGUCCUCACGGCGCCGCCGCACGACGGGAGCCCGAACUGGCGGAACGUGCCGGAUCAGCCGUUUGAGUACACGAACCCGCAGACGGCGGCAUUCUGCGAGAUGCUGCAGGUGGAGAACCUGUGGCACGCCAGCGAGGACGAGAGGAUGGCGAGGAAGGCAGAAGGACCGCCGCCGCCGAGCGAGAGGUUCGGGGGUGGCUUUCGCGGAGGGAGGGGCGGUCAUGGUGGCCGGGACGGCGGACGAGGUGGAAGGGGCGGUAGGGGACGCGGGCGCGGGCGUGGGAGAUUUCAUUGA